CACAGCUGGAACCACUGCAGCUGGAGCUCAAAUUCUCAGUCACCUAUUCGAAGCUCGAUUUAAGGCCCAGGGCGCCCAUUUCCAGAAGCACUUUCCUCUUCCAUUUUGCCAGAGCCAAGCAGUUUUGUGUCAUCUAAGCUUCUAGCCGCCAGCGAAGCGACUGCAGGAACUGCCUCUUGACGACAUCACAGUAAGGUGACGGUUGGUGUGGACAGAGCUGCCGGAGCGACAUCAAGUUCAAGGGAGUCAGCGGUCUAACGCAUGUGCGUCUGAAUCACCAGUACUUCACCCCCGCCGGCAUGAACGUUGCCGCAACAGCCCCCACGUCCAACUCUCCUGGGGGCUCCAACCAGCAGAUACCCGCGCCCCCCACCGGAGAGACUCCCGCUCCACCAACAACCGUCAUGGGUGGGGGUGCAGCCUUUCCUGAUCCUGCAACUCAGCCCGAGGCGCCAGUCUUCAACGCUGAGAACCCCCCCCCUCAGGCGGCCCCCUUCGGAGGCCCCGCCCCUGAGCACAUCUACUGGCAAUACCCCAGCGCGUAUCCUGGUUUCUGCCGUGGGGGUUGGGGGGUAGGCAUCGUGGCAGGGGGGGUCGGGGCUGGGGGCAUCACUUCGCAGGACACCCCCCUCCCCCCCCUUUCGGCCCUCCAGGUUAUGGACCCCCACCCCAUGAGACCCCACGGACUCCCCAUCAUGGUCACGGACAUCACGGCCCCCCCGGCCACAGACGGUGGUCACCGAGGGCGUCGUCAUCAUGGGCCGGGUCACCACGGCCCCCCCCAUCGCAGACCCCCUUUCGGGGACUGGCGUGGGCACCACGCGCUCCCCCCCUUUCCCCCGCCCCACCACUGGGGUCCCCCUCCGCCCCCGCCCCACUUUCCCCCCCCACCUUUUGGUGCCCCCCCUCCUCCUUUCUUUGGCGCGACGUUCUACGCCCCGGAUCACGACUGCCCCAUCUGCAACGCCGAAGGGGGGGCAGCCGCGGCGAGCAGCCCGGCGGACGGCAUGGAGGAGGACGAGUCUUCUGGGACGUCUGACUCUUCUGAAGCGUCCGAGGAGUCCGAGAUGUACGAGCUUCAUGACAUCCUGGCGGGGGCGUCGUUGGCGUCACUCCCCCUAGGAGUGGCGCCCAUGCACAUGCCGCGCCCCCCGUUUGGGUCGCACUUUACAGCGGGGGUGGGGGCUUUUCCGUACCCCCACCAAGGAGGUGGCUUCGCUCGCGGUGCGCAUGGCCAGGGGAACGGGCCGACCAGCAGCUCGUAUGCAAGCGCGAGCUCCUCUGGCGGGAAAGAGAGAGGGGCCAGCCACCAAGAGGCGACCAGCUCGGAGAGCCUGAAGAGGAUGCGCCAGGAGAGCCCCCCCAGGGGCAUGGAGUCCUGAGUCGAGUGUCAGGCAGGCGGAACAGAGUCUUGAGAAGAUAAAGAGAGUGGAAGUGUGUGGGACGUUGUACAUAGGGCAGAGUAAUCUGUGGGCUGGUAGGCAAGAGAGCGGCUGCAGGCCAGCCUAGAAGGUUGCACAUCAAUGACGGGAAGGGCAGGCUAGGGUUAUGAAAGUACGCUAGUUAGGUUUCUAGAUUGCUACCGUGAAAAGUUAAAUUGACGUUGGAGCAGAAGGCAAUACAACGUAGUCACCGCAACCUGAGACGCUCCCUAAAGACGACGAACCUCAGGAGAGUUUCUUCGCUUUCGGCUCAUGAUUUAGGGCAGCCUCCGUUGCUACACUCAACUUGGGCCAUAGUUAUACUCAUGAGCGACUCGGAUUUUAUCGUUUUUGUGUCAAAAAAAAGUAGUAUAAUAGGUUACUUUGAACAACAAACAUCAUUUUGGUGUAUCUCGCGAUCUCGUC